AAAGUUAUGCGUCAUUUCCUUUGUAUAGACGCUGAACUCUCCAGCGUUGGAGACCAAAAACGCGACAGUGACAAACGCUUGACGCGAGCUCCCACCUACUCGCCGCCACCGUCCCCGGCGACGUCGGCGCCGCCGCGGAACCCUCCCGCGCCUUUUCGGGGCAAUGGACAAAUUUGUGCGAAUUUACAGCGGUGGGGAGCUGGUGAAGGGUCCAAAUGGGGUGGAAUUCGGGGACCUCUCGGAGCAGGGUAUAUGGUUCAAGGCAGCACCCACAUACAGUGAGCUGAUCGACGCCGUGUACAAGAAGCUCGGGCUGGAACCAGCGACACACAAUGUCCGCGCACAGGGAAGGACGAAUGUUGGCGGCGGCGCUCAUCGGCACUUCAUCAUGGUGCCUAUCGAUGACGAUAUGUCCUGGAGUAACUAUGUCAAAGCAGUUUUCAAUGGCACCGACUGGAAUUGCCUGGAGGUUUAUGUUCAGACAGAGGAGCUUCCAUCUGCAGAGCCGGUUUCCCCAGAGCCUGCAUUGCUGGACAGUGAACCACUGGAUGCGCAGCAUCAGAAUACCCCACCGCGAGAUCCAGAACUGGGCGCUUCUCUUUUUGCUCCUUCGAUGGUGACCGCCAAUGCACCAACCGUUCAUCCUCAACAUUCUUGGCUACGAAGAAUAAGGAGCGCCAGAGCCCGUGCUGGCAUUCGUGGGCAGGUUGCAGGUGAAGAGGUUCAGUCUGGUCAAUACCAGUGUGGAGCUUCAGGGACAGUUGAUACAACUAGCUGUCUUUUAAUUGGGCUGUAUGACGAGGUUCAUCGUGCUCGUGCUUUAGCAGCAGGCCAGCAUCUAACUGAGCUCAAUCCUCGUAACCGUGAGCCUCUCCGGUUUGACAAGCGGUAUGAACGUUACCUUAGGCCAGCUGGGUUGAUGGGGUUGGCGAACAUUUGCAGGGCUGGAUUGCCCUCCAUUGAUCGUGCACUCGUCUCUGCACUAGUUGAUCGAUGGAGACCUGAGACACACACUUUUCACAUGCCUUGUGGUGAGAUUACAAUCACACUACAGGAUGUUGCGAUGAUUCUUGGGCUACCUAUCUCUGGCCAUGCUGUCAUUGUAAACAAAACAGAGUCCUACAUUGAAUUGUACCAGCGUUACCUUGGGAAGGCACCUCCUUCAGAUAAGUCCCGUCCUGGGUUGAGGGUUGCAUGGGUCAGAGCUGAGUUUAAUAAGUGCCCUGAAGAUGCCGACGAGGAGACCGUAAAGCAGCAUGCUAGGGCAUACAUCCUUAGCCUGGUUGGUGGUCUAUUGUUUCCUGAUGCCUCUGGUGAUAGGUACACCGUCUAUCCCUUUCCGCUGAUAGCUGAUCUUGAGAACAUUGGUUCAUACAGUUGGGGUUCUGCUACUCUGGCAUAUCUCUACAGGGCAAUGUGUGAUGCUUGCAGGAGGCAAUCAGAUCAAAGUAAUCUAACUGGUUGCCUUCUGCUCCUUCAGUUCUGGUCAUGGGAGCGCUUCCCAAUCGGCAGGCCAGAUAUGCUAAAGCCGAAAUUCCCAAACGUGGAUGAGCUAGAGGAUGACAGGGAUAGACCCACAGUUGGUCUCAGAUGGGUUGUGGGGGCGUGCACGUAUCGGUCAGCUCCAGCACGUUGCUAUGAGCACUUUACAAAUGAGUUCGACUUAUUAACAGAUGACCAGGUUGUUUGGAGCCCAUAUAGGGACGACCGUGUGAAGACACUACAUCUUGCACCUAUAUGUACCCAGGACUCUCAUUUGUGGCUAACUCAAGCACCUCUAGUUUUUUUCUUUAUGGUGGAGGUUUACACACCGGAGAGAGUGAUGCGUCAAUUUGGUCUCCAUCAGGAAUGCCCGCCACCAUUUCGGGACACCAGCGUGGAACUCCAUUGGUGUUGCCGUGGAAAGGUCCGUAGUGAUUGGGCAGACAAGCAUAAGUCUUUUGUGGAUAUGUGGGAAGUAAAGGAGCAGCAUGUUAUCAUGGAAGAACGACCAUACGAUCAUGCCAACUACAUGGAUUAUUUGCGGUGGUACAGACGAUCGACACGUAUCCGCCUCUGCACACCGAGAAUAAGUAAUGGCCACCAGGAUGGGGCAUCCGUGCGAACUGCAACAGCUGAUGAUGAAGAUUCUUUGCGUGCUUCAAAGCUUCGGUACACCCCCAGAGCUCAUCUGAUCCACUCAGUGACUGACAAACUCACUAUUCUGGCGAAGGAGGCAGCUUCACAAAAGGGCUGCUCCAGAGGCGAAUGUAGCGCUUUCAUUGAGCGAGUCACUAGAACGUGUGUAGAACUUGUUGGGGAACUUGGCGGGUCAUCACUUUGCGACAUUGCUGCUGCGGUUCCGGAUUCAACAACUAUUGCAGCUGAACAGGGGUCCGAGGGCCAGAGGGACACAGAGGAUGAGUUAAAUAACUCCAUGGUGCCUGAUCAGGAGAAUGAGUCGGGCCCUGUUCGUGAGAAGCGGACUCGAUUCCAGGUUGAUCGUACACAAGUGGACAGCACAGUCCAUUCAAGGUCACCAAGCAAGAGGAGGAGGGGCGGACCAGCUCCAAGAUGAAACCUGCUUGGGCUCGUGUGUUUCAGUCAUAUGAUGCCGUGGACUGAAGAAAGGCCAUGAUGGUUAGCGUGUCCAGAAGUUCAUGCCUCUGACAAAUUUAACAUUGGCUGCUGUAGAAGCGAUGGAGAUCGCAAAUCUGCAGUGAGAGGAGUAUGGUUCUCGUUUUCUAUUUUUUCUUGUAGGCAGUCGUAGCAUGGAUCCCGUGUUUAUAUGUUCAUGGUCUACAAUGAACUCCUCCGUUGGCAAACUGUAUAAUUAACUAUUGCUCAUUCAUCCCAUUUGUGGGACUGAAACUUGAAGUGAACUCAUUCUACCCGAGUGGUGGUUACUCCCA